AUGCGCCAAUGGAUCCGACUUAGCCACAAGGCGACAUUCUCAAAGCUAACGCACCAUCGACACUCGCCCGCCAGUCACGUGAGUACCGUCGCAAGUCCCGCGUUCCACAAGAAAAAGAAGGUCCACAGCAUUUGUUCAAGAUGGCAACAACCAUUCACGCAGAACCGGGAAACCCUCUUUUUGCUAUAUCUCGAUGACGAUAACCACACAAGAGCUUCUCAUGACACCUUGUUGCAGUACACAAAAUUGCAGACAAUGGACUCCAUCCUUCGCGAGCAUGUAGCAACCGAAUGGAAGGAGACAUGUCCUAAGUGUGGGUGA